CAGAGUGACAGUGGCAGAAGGACCCAGACCUUUAAUCCUGUUUCGCAGCAGGUUUAGCAGAGCGGCUGCAGCAGCCUGGAAAUGACCAUGGAGAAGAUCCUGAAGGCAGAGCUGAACACCAACCUGCUGAAGGCACUGGGGAGCUCGGGGGGAGGAUGCAUCAGCCAAGGCCAAACGUAUGAGACAGACAGAGGACGGGUAUUUGUGAAAAUCAACCACAAACCUCAGGCUAGAAAAAUGUUUGAAGGGGAAAUGGCAAGUUUGGAAGCCAUUCAGAAAACCAACAUUGUGAGAGUGCCUCAGCCCAUCAAAGUGAUUGACCUGCCUGGAGGAGGAGCCAUGUUUGCCAUGGAGUACCUAAAGAUGAAGCACCUCAACAAAUACUCUUCAAAGCUGGGAGAGCAGAUAGCAGAGCUUCAUCUUCAUAACCAGAAACUUGGAGAGAAGCUGAGGGCUGAGGGAAGCACAAUUGGAAAAGGAGCUGGUCACUCUGAGGCCCAGUUUGUGGAUAAGUUUGGAUUCCACACAGCCACUUGCUGUGGUUACAUCCCACAGGUGAAUGAGUGGCAGAGUGACUGGCCAUCCUUCUUCAUCCGCCACCGGCUCCAGGCUCAGCUGGAUUUGAUUGAAAAGGAUUAUGGAGACAGAGAAGCCAGAGAGCUCUGGUCACAGCUGAAACCAAAGAUUCCUGAAAUGUUCUGUGAUGUGGAAAUUGUUCCUGCUCUCCUGCACGGGGACCUGUGGGCAGGGAAUGUGGCUGAGGACGACUCUGGGCCAAUCAUAUUUGACCCUGCCUGCUUCUAUGGCCACUCAGAGUUUGAGCUGGCCAUUGCUGGCAUGUUUGGGGGCUUCAGCAGCUCUUUUUUCUCUGCCUGUCACAGUAAAAUACCCAAAGCUCCAGGGUUUGAGAAACGGAACAAGUUGUAUCAGCUCUUUAAUUACAUCAACCACUGGAACCAUUUUGGGACAGGGUACAGGGGCUCUACCCUAAACAUGAUGAGGAAACUUCUGAAGUAACCAGGUAAUCUGAGAAAUUCUGCCACAGUCCCCUAGGAAUGAGCAGCCCCUGCUCAUCCCAAGUACCACAAACUCAGAAUUGGUGGUAAAACACCUGAUAGGGGAAGGUUGAAUGCACUUUGAGCCUCACUAACUAAAAGCAAUUGUGUAAUCUUUAACUUGGGCACUGGUUUCCCUGCACAGAUUCCUCCCUACUGGAGGAAAGGGCUGCACUGUUUGUCAAGGCUCCAGUGGCCUGGAAAGCAGCACAGCCAGCCUGCCCUUGCUGCUCUCUCACCUCUGUGCUCUGCUCCCACAGCUGCCCCACAGCAGCAUCUUCCCAGCCCUGCUCCAGCUGCAGUUUGGUAUGGGGAGCUGCACUGUGGGACAGUGCUGCUGGAAGCAAGUUCUUGUGUCUGCCCUUGUUAGUUCUGGGUUAGUUUUCUUUCUGUUCCCCCCACUUUCUCCAUGGUCUUCUGUUUCCCUUCCCUUCCCUUCCCUUCCCUUCCCUUCCCUUCCCUUCCCUUCCC